GACACAGAAAACAUAAAAUAUUUCUUGGGUGUUUCUGCUCUCUCUCUCUCUCUCUCUAUGCCUCGAUGGCCACGCUACAGAAAGCCUCUGUUUUUAUGACAUACAUGGAUCCAUUUUGCUUCCCUUUUCUCUGUUUCGGAUUUCCAUGGCUCUCCGUUUGUCUCCGCUCGAACCUCACCUGUUUUACCAUUCAAGAAGAUCUGUAAGAUCAGAAAAUCGACAAAGGGAGAUUGUGAAUGUGCAUAAGCCUUCAAGGUGCAGCACAAAUGAACAAGGAAUCUAUGGCUUUUCGACGAAAAAUCACUUGCUCGAUUUAUUGGUUAGGUGUUACAAUUCGUCGAGGUGGUCUUCAUCUUGGACCUCAUCAUCGACAGCGUGUACAGCUUAUUCUGGUCAAAUAACUUGUGUGAAUGGUGCCUUAGUGGCUAGAACUCGUAAUCAUGAAAACGAAUUUAAUCGGGUCAAUUGCCUUGAAUGGGUGUUGCAUGAAUCGGCUAGGAGCUUCUCUGUUGCAGUUGAGUCACUUGAAUUGCCAGGAAGUGGUCCAAAGCUUGCAAUGGCAUGGUCUGGGAACGAUGUCCAUCAAUGGCAUAAACGGAUUUCUUAUCAGGUUGCAGUUUACGCUUUGUUGAAAACAGCAAUUGAAGUAGAAAUUUUGCUUUCCAGUGAACGUCACAGCAGUGACUCUUCUCCAGUUAGUGACAUCUUGACCCCAAAGAUUGAUUUGAUUGGCGAAUACAUUGAGAGUCAAAUGAACAUGAGGCACUCAGAAUUAGUAGAAUGGUUUAUAGUGGUGGAACUGCCGCGUAUGGCAGGAUUUUUCAUUCCCUUGUUGAGGAAGUGGUCUAUGGAAUAUGCAGGAAGUGGUGUUGCAGGGAUGGUUGUGGCUAUAAGCUGCUGUGCUGCAGUGGCUAAAUUGGGUAACGGUCGUGUUAAGUGCCCUUAUUUUUCAUUUUCAAUUGAAGAUGUAAUGGUAGAGCUCAUGGAUCACUCACACAGUCUUGUGUCAGUGGAAAGACUACAUAACUUAGCUACCGAGGCAGGAUUUGAAGUGGAUUUCCUGUCCCAUUUUGGUAGAAAGGUUCUGCUGAGCAACAAAAGUGAAGAGGUAGAAUUUUGGAUUGGGUUGGCUCAUAAAAAACUCUCAACGGCAUUCAGCAAAGAAAGUGUGAUCCCAGGCAAGCAGAAUUUUCAUGACAAGGUUCAGGCAGAUAUUUUGGCUACCUUAGGAGUUUUUGCAUAUCUUGGGAGAAGGACUAGAUUAUUCUUGUCAAGAAUGGGCAUAAAGGAUCUUGAUGAGCUAGUUAAGGACUUCCUCAGCUACUUGGAGUGUGGUAGCCUUUUCAUUCACCCAGAGUUUUCUUCCGUAGCAGUUUAUCAACACUUCAUGGAGGUGGUGACUGAUGAAAUUGGAUGGCUUGAUUUGUACGCUGCAUGUCCUCCAAAAAGAAGUCAAGAGAGACAAAAAAGUAAACUGCAUGCCAUCCAGGCAGAGAAAGAGAUUGCUCUAUCUGCUGUGUUUACCGUAUGCUAUGAUGUUUUCUCGGGAUUUGCUCACUUCAGUCGUUCAACUCAACAGUCCUUAGACACUCAUUUGCUAGACUUCUUGCUCCACAGCCAGAGCUUGCUAACUGUUUGUUUGGAAGACUACUGGGCUGCUUAUGAUAAAUCAAGCAGUGAGUUACUAAAGGUCACAGAACCUGGUGCUCGUCGAGCAUCAUUUGUAGGAUCUAUAGUUGCAUCCAAGUUAUCGGUAACAAUGGAGGCACAACAAGAGCCAAGUACCUUAACAACAUCAGAAGAUUGUCAAAAUUAUGAGCCUGAACGCAGGCUUAACCUCAGAAAGUGGAAGGAUUCCCCCUCACCCGGGGCGGAAUCUAUAAGCUCCAUGGAGGAGGGUAGUGCCAAGAGAUCAAAAUAUCAUCAGCGAAGUUUAGUUAAGAUGUAUAGCAACAAGCUGGUAUCUGCAAGCUCCGAUAUAUGGAUGGGCACUCAGUUGCUUUUCAUAGACAUCACGAUUUCCGCGGAGCUACUCCUCAAACAAUUGCGUGGCCACAAGGUUACAAGGAGGGAAAGAAAUAAGUUAAAAAGAACGCUAAAUGACAUAACUUCACUUGUACCAGUAACAAUUCUCAUGUUACUUCCCGUAUCUGCCGUAGGUCAUGCUGCCAUGCUAGCAGCAAUCAACAAGUACAUGCCGGGCCUGAUCCCGUCGUCAUAUUCUUCGGAGCGGCUGGAUGUUGUGAAACAACUAAAGAGAAGCAAGAAGAUGGAAGUAAUUAGGAGAUGGAACAACCUUGAAGAUCCAUCCUCUACAAUAACCUAAGUUAUUGCUUGUGUUGCUCUGCUCACUUCAACCUGAGUCGGAAUAAACUGUUCUAUAAUAUGAAACUAGUGUUUGUAAAUAGUUAAAAACGAAUAAAUAUCACGAAUUAAUGUGA